UUCUUCAGUAGUCAAUGAAUGCUCUUUGUUCCAUUCCUGGCGGCAAUGGAAACACGUCGACUGUAAGUGAAGUGCCCUCGGCCAAUCUCUUAAUAUUUGUCGCAUUUUUGCGAUUGAUGCUGCAAAUACAAUAAGUGCACGAGUAAGAUCCAUUUCUGGGGAGAAGUAGGUAUGGAAAAUGGCCAAAAUAUCAUGCUGGAUUGAUAAUGUCUCGCUCAAUCGAUACGUCAAUCUAUUAGGAAUGAUGAUGCCGGCUGAUGAAACGCAGACUAUCAGUGGCAUAAUAUCUACAGGAAGCUUCAGUUUCAUUCUCUCAAAAUAUCUGGAUUUCUACUUUUGA